UUGGAUCUUUGAGUCUUUCUUUAGUCGUUGUUGGUGUGAAAAAGAUUGUAACUUGUGGAAAUAUUACUGGGAUUUUAUAUUUCAGAUCAGAUAUCUAGACAAUCAGUUCCAUUAUUACUCGUAAUUUGAUGUGAAUUUAGUUCCCUCUUUGUUGAAUGCAAUCUUUGAAUGUAUGGGGAUUUUUUAGAUUGAGAUAGUUAGGGGCACUGGGGGAUUUGGAGUUAUGGAGUUGGGUAAAAAAGAUUUAAUUUUUUCUGCAUUCAGAAGAAAAUUUGCCUCAAGAAUUUUGUGGGACAUGCUUAACAUUGAGCGAUCUAUCGCCUAAACAUGUGUCAGUUCAAAUGGGGUCGUUGGCAUUUAGUGUUGGAAGAGUGUGUGGCGAUGACGAAUGGUUUCAUGGAUAAUCGUAUACGCUUUGAGAAAGAAAAGGAUAUGAAAAAGUACUAUUUAAGUCUUUGAAUCUUGAAUCUAAUUGUGAGCAACUGGAUAUGCCUUCAAAAUUUGUAGUACCUGUUUCCAUCAAUCCAUAGCAUGUGAUGAGAUCUUUGUUAGAAAGCAAGUUUUGGAGAUUUUUGGAGUUGUUAUUCUACUUUGCUGGCUAUCAAUACUUGGGCAUACGCGGGAGCAGAUCACUAUUUCGAAUAAAGCUCCAGUGAUUCUUUGAUCCAGUUGUUGUACUCGGCACAACAUUGAACGAGCAGUUGCCCUACUUUCCUGAACUUACUGAAGGCGAAUGUUUAUUCGUUCAAGGUAUGAUGGAAAUAAACGAUAAAGCUUCCCACAAGAAUGAAAAGAAGCCUUUGGAGAACUCUGCUCCUGCCAGUGUACCGAAAAGGCUACCAGAGAAUAAUUCGAGCACUUCUAUAUUUGUCAAUCAUGCUGCAAUUGCAUGGGACGAGAGCAGAAGAAAAUGGAUCGGAAAUGCUCCUCAGAAGUCGGAGGACAGAUCCAUGAAGGAUCCGAUUAUAAGCUGGACCACAACCUACGAAGAUCUGCUCUUGACUCACGAGCCAUUCUCCGAGCCAAUCCCUUUACCUGAGAUGGUCGACUUUUUGGUUGAUAUCUGGCAUGACGAGGGGCUCUUUGAUUAGAAUAACUCCUUACUGAAAAUAGUUCAGGCAUCUAUAAGACUAUAACCCUUCCCUCUCUUAAUUAUCUCAGAUUCGAAUUUCAAAGCAAUAAUCGACUCCCACGCCUCCUCGGAAUGGUGAUGUCCCGGCAACUGCAAACCUUUUUCCUUUGUUGUACCAUUCAUUAGGUUAUUCUCGAUUCUACAUGUAUUCUAGUUCUGUACUCUUUUUAGCUCGUGUUCUUCGAUUCUACAAGUGAUAGCAUAUUGGAGACAGACACGUCUAGUUAUUUAGGUUGUGCCUGGAACUCGACCGUGUGUAUCUUAUCCGGCCUCGUUGGUCUAGUUUAUAUAGUAGAGUUUGCAAAGUCGAGUUCUUGAUAGCUGAGCGCUGAAAGGCUCGACGUAUAAAGAACUCGACUGGCUAAAUCGGAACGUGACUCUGUGCUCGUAUCCUGUUGCAGUCUAGUCAUGUAGAGUAGGGUUGUUGUAAAUCAAAAUUCGAUCCUUUUUCUAUUGGGAACCAUUUGGAUAUUUUACAUUUA